ACAUGAUAGUUUAACACAAGUAGAGAAAGACCGUCUAUUGUAGAGCAUUCGGUAUUUUAUAUUAUUAUUUAUUGGAGUAACUGAUGCCUGAACAGAGUUUAGACAAAAAUACAAAAUUAGUUUGAAAAAAAAAACUGAAGUUAACGGAUAAAUGUGACGAUAAAGAAAUUUAUAUUAAAUCUUAAAUUAAAAGAAAAAUUUGCGAGAAUCUUUAGAAUAAUGUUUCUUCUAUAAAUAAUUUGAUAUCUGUCGUAAAUUGUAUAACUAGGUUGAUCUUAUAUCACCUAUAUGAAAUAGGAACGUCUUAAUCAACGUCUUAUCAAAGCUAACAGAAACUUAUAUUUCAUGCGUGUAUUAAAAUUAAAUAAAUGUGGAACUUUACAGACGGCAAAGCAAUGAACGUAACAUUGUGCCUGCCAUGGAAUGUCACGGAAAAUAUGACUACGGAUGUCAAUAAAGAGGCAGAGUGUGGAAACGAAACGGAGGCUGUUGUGUCGGAGUAUCUCUGGAAAAUAUUUCCACCAAUUUUGAUUUUAAUUGGAUUGACUGGAAACUGUUUGACAAUCAUAGUUAUCAAAAGACUUGGAUUUAGGAAACAACCCACAUUGACGUUUCUUCUCUGUCUGGCAAUAAGUGAUAUUGUUGUCUUAUGUACGGGGCUGCCUCGGUACUGGAUUCUCUAUGUGUUCGACUAUGAUCUCAAAACGGCGAGUAAUGCCAACUGCAAACUGUAUUAUUUCUUUCUGUAUAUGACGAUGCAAUACUCUUCGUGGAUUCUUGUCGGUGUCACAGUAGAAAGACUUAUUAAAGUUUAUUUUCCAAUGAAAUACAGAAGGAUAUAUAGCUACAGGAAAGUGAUAAUCGAACUCCUUGUAACUUUGUUUAUUUUAAUUUUAGUCAAUGGACAUUUCUUUUUUACAAAUGGUAUUAACGACUUCACGGAGGGUGACUGUAGUUCCCUCAAUCCUGGCUUCUAUUAUUUCGACGAGAAUGUGUUUAUAUAUAUUGACUUUUCUGUUCUCAGCGUUAUUCCUUUCAUGAUUAUGCUGGUAUGUAACAUUCUACUGGUGAAAGUCCUCAGAAAAGUACAACGGAACCGAGUCUCUAUGAUGCAUAAAUCCGUUUAUAGACGAACUAGCCGUUUUAGUGUCAAAAUGACAAAAAUGUUAGUCGUAUGUACAUUUUAUUUCUUAAUUGCCACAGCGCCGAUCUCUAUAUAUUUUAUAUUGGACACAUACCUGUUACCCGAGUAUGAAAGCAACAACAACUGUCCAGCAAUUUCACGAAUGGAUCUGGCAUGGAGUAUCACCUACCUAUUUCAGUAUUCUAACUCCUGCAUAAAUUUCUACCUAUAUACUGCUAUGAACGACAGAUUUUAUAAAGAACUGAAAGCUUUGCUACACUGCCGUCGAAGUUUACGUAUGAUGAGAGUCUACUCCACACAGCGACAAGGUAGCAGCGGUCGAAGGCUAGCGUCAUCAGUGAUGUCUACAAGUGUUGGUUUAGAUAACUCCGUUUCUGAAGAAAAUCGUAUCUAAAAAUAUAGGAAUAUACAGAUAUUGAUGGUCUGUCUUAACACACCAACAUUCUCGAGUGUGAUAGUAUUUUGAAUAGUUAAUGGUCUUGUGGUGGUGUUUUAACUGUGUUCUGCCAAUUGUCUACAAGUUCUGUGAUGAUAUUCAAUAAACACUGAGACAGCUUGCGAAACUUCCUAUAUAGAAGUCGAAAGCUACAACUCGUAGUAAAACGUAGUUUUUAUUAAUGAGAUUAUUUCUAGUCAAUAAUUUCAGAGCUACAUUUGCAGAAAUAAAUGAUGUUAUGUUUUGUUAAGAUUUUCACAUUGUACGAAAUAUUACAAAUGAAGAAGA